AUGUCUUUUGGUAGGCAUGCCUGCCGGCAUGCUCUAAAUCCGCCAUCGGCCCCGAGCCUCGAUCAUCUCUGGAUUAGCGACGACUUGCUCGCGACGACCUUCCGUCGGUUUGCGAACGGACAACGACGCCAUGGGAGCUGUGUCCCCGGACCCCUAGAGGCACGAAGACGCCUUGCCAAGCGGAGAAACACCGCCCUCGCAGGAUUGGGUGGCGGUCCGGUUGAAGAUAUCGCGUGUUUAUUUGGGCGCAAUGGACGGGAGCAUAUGAAGUGGACCGAUCAUCCGUGGCAGCGAGCGCCUCUCGACACCCAAGGUUUAGGCAGCUAUGCAUUUGGCACGUCCGAGAUUCCCCUGCCUCUUGAGAAUCACAAUUCUGAGCCUGUCGAACCUCUCAUCUCACAUAAUCGCUCCUCAACUUUCGCUUCAACCCCUCCGACCCGCACACAGGCCCUGCAGCAAUUCCUAGAACAGGGCGACUGGAACAUUGAAGAUGCUCGAGACAUCAUUCGUCAACUGCAUAUCGACCUUCAGCGUGAGCCGGAAUUCAGUAGGCAAAUCUUCGAUCAAAUCAUUCAGCAUUCACCGGUGGACCUUGCACAAGCAGUCGCUUUCCUGGAAGAUCCAUUCCUCAACACAUAUGGAUCUGGGAACUAUCUUGCCGCCGUGGAGUUGUUUGCGCGGAGCAAGAAAAAACGAUCGAGCAGAAUUGCGAUUCUUAAUACAGUAUCACGCGGACUAGAACUAGGUUUGGUCCCAACGAGUGAGCUGUGUUCGAUUAUCCAAACUCUGCCAAAAAUACUCAUCGAACGAAACAAGACCUUGGAUGCUUGGGAUCAAAAAGCGCUACUGAAACAUCAUCGAGCAUUGUGGAAAGCUAUUGGGAAGUGCAACAUCCUCGGUUACCAUGACCUGGACAAGCAGGUGACAAGCGUCUGGCUCCAAGAACUGUUGCGCAUUGGCAGCUUUCGCUUUGCCGAGGAGGUUAUCAUUGCUACUCACGAUAAGAGCUCUGAUAAAUCCUGGCCUUCAACGCUGGUCCUGAAACAUCUCGAAUACAUGGAUGGGAUUGACGAAACUGCAUCUCUUCAACGGGUCGGUAGAUUUCUAGACCAUCUUGAUGCAGAUACAUCUGCCAAGUGUAUUAUUGGCGUCACCGAACACCUCGCCUCGAUCGCAUCUGACAAUGAGACCCGCUACGAGUUGCUUGGUCGAUGGAGGGACUGCUUAUUACAGAUCUCGGCUACGUCUGCGAUCGCAAAGUCCCAGACAUGGCUUGAUAUGCCAUUGGCGUACAUGGGUAUUGCAAUCGAUCACUCUACCUCAUCGAAUUUACCGAUUCAUUCCCAGAUUGUUUUGCGUCUCUGGGUCCUCAGAACUUUGAGUCGGACUCUAGCUCCGAUGUACAACCAAAGCUCUAGGGUGACGGAUCUACCUAUCUGUCAAUUACUUAACCUCUACGAGAUGGUUAUGCAGAAGACGGACGAAUCAUAUCUGUCGAGCUUCAUGCAGGGAAUUCACGAGUUGGAUCUUCCAUAUAAUAGUCUUCUAUUACUGGCUGUUGAUCUGAAGCUGAGAAAGCUAACAUCAAAAGCCACCCGCCAAACUCUCCAACGAUUGGAAAUUGCCCAGACCUCCUUAUCAGAUAUUUGGACAGACCCUUCUGUCUAUAGAGGGAUUCGGGGACUUUUCCACGAGACAUUCGAACAGAUGUUUCGCAAAAUGGAUAUCACCAGCCCCGAAUCCGUGGCAGAAUGCCUUCAUCUUGCUCGCGUGGGUGACUCAAAGGAUGUGUGGUCUCUCCUCAGACUUCUCAACAACCACACACCUUUGAAACUUUGCCUCCACAAAGCUUGGGUGCCUAUCCCUCACCCCGAUGAGAAAGCGCUGGUUCGCUAUCAUCCCGGGCCCAGGACAGCCAAAGCCCUGAUCCGUAUGCAGCUGUGGAAUUCAUUCAUCAGCUAG